UCACAGCUUUCCCACCAUCCUUAUCUAUUCCAGUGACUAAUGCUUAAUCUUUUGCUCCUACGCCUACAUAUUGGCUUCCUGCAUCCUUUGGUCACCGUCUAUCUGAGCUUCCAGGAUUCCCUCGAGGAUAAGUAAAGCUUGUGUUCAAUCAUUCAGCUUCGAGAAUGUACAAGAUAAACGGAGGAAUUGUUUGUUUCGAAGAAGUCAGAACCCAUGUAGUACGGUUUCAGCAUCAAUCCAUGGUCGGGUAUAUCAAGAUGGAGGACAACAUCACCUCGUACCAUGCUUAUUCCUCGAAGUUUCCUUCACAAGAUCAAUGGCAUAGGCAGUAACAACAAGCAGCCUACUCCCAAGUUCAUCACCAGUUCGUCCAAAAUGCCGAUAUGGCAUAGGCGGCCGACACGGACGCUGAUGGCCCGGAAGCAGCUCAAGGUGCUCCAUGCCCUGGACGUGGCCACAACCCAGCUCUACCACUUCACCGCCAUCAUGAUCGCCGGCAUGGGGUUCUUCACCGACGCCUACGACCUCUUCUCCAUUUCCCUUGUCACCGACCUCCUCGGCCGCAUCUACUACCACGACGGCGUCCUGCCCGUCAGCGUCUCGGCCCUUGUUAACGGCGUCGCUCUCUGUGGCACCGUGCUAGGGCAGCUCCUCUUUGGCUGGCUUGGCGACAAGGUGGGUCGGCGGCACAUCUACGGCGUCACCCUGAAGCUCAUGGUCGUCUGCUCCCUCGCCUCUGGCCUCUCCUUCCACCGUUCGCCUCAAAGCGUAAUUGCCACACUUUGCCUCUUCCGUUUCUGGCUCGGGAUCGGCAUCGGUGGCGACUACCCACUCUCGGCAACCAUCAUGGCGGAGUAUGCUAACAAGAAGACUCGUGGUGCCUUCAUCGCUGCCGUCUUCGCCAUGCAGGGUUUAGGAAAUCUUGCUGCUGGCAUAGUCGCCAUAAUCGUCUCACGGGCGUUCAAGCAUGCACAUGGUUAUGACGAUGACCCACACUGGCAUGCGGACUACGUGUGGCGCAUCAUUCUCAUGUUGGGCUCUGUCCCUGCGGUCCUGACCUACUACUGGCGCAUGAAGAUGCCCGAGACGGCACGCUUCACGGCGCUCAUCGCCAAGAAUAUCAAGCAGGCUGCGUCAGACAUGACCCUGGUCCUUAACAUCGACAUCGCUGACGAGCAUGAAGAGCUAGCCGAUGUGCUGACCAGAGAGUACGAGUUUGGGUUCUUCACCAUGGAGUUCCUCCGUCGCCAUGGCCUCCACCUCCUGAGCACCACCGUCUGUUGGUUCAUGCUCGAUGUGUCAUUCUACCAGCUCAACCUGUUCAUGAAGGACAUCUUCAGGGACAUUGACUGGAUCGGCAACGGGAGCACGAUGAGCCCCCUAGAGCAAACAUACAAGAUAGCACAGAGGGAGGCUCUUAUCGCCAUUGUCGGUACGCUGCCAGGCUUCUUCUUCGCUAUCAAGCUCAUGGACAAGAUGGGUCGAAUCAAGAUGCAGCUGCUAGGAUUCACCAUGAUGAGUGUCUUCAUGCUCGUCCUUGCUAUUCCACAGGUGCUAUGCAAUGGAAUAUGGAAUUCUCGCUAUGGCCAUAUUUACUUUGUCGUCAUGUACUCGGCGAUAAUGUUCUUCAUAAAUUUCGGCCCCAAUUCGACCAGCUUCAUCAUUCCGGCAGAGAUCUUCCCGGCACGUUUGCGGUCGACAUGCCACGGCAUCUCUGGAGCUGGUGGAAAGUGUGGUGCUAUCAUUGGUGUGCUAUGGUUUCUAUAUGCCAAAAGGUCUCUCCCAACUACAUUGUUCGUGCUAGUUGGGUGUAACAUACUUGGUAUGGUGUUCACAUUCCUCCUACCAGAAACCAAGAAGAGGUCCCUUGAAGAGGUCACUGGAGAAAGAGGAGACGAUGUGGAGCAAAGAGGCUUAUUUUCUAUUGUUCGAACACCUAUGUUUACUGUAUAAUACCAAUUAAGGAUGUACCAUGUGGCCUUGGAUGUAAAACAUGCAAGUAACCAAAUUUUCUGCACAUGGCACCAGA